CGCCUCCGGUGUGCGAUGGGGGGCGGGCGGCGGGCAGAGCGGAGAGGAGCGGAGCCGCCACCUGAUCCCAUCCAGGCGCGGAGAGGCGAGCGAACCGGCACUCGGCGCUCAGGCCCCCGGCGCCCUCCGAUCCGCACUGGAUUUCGGGACAAGGGUUUGGAGAUAGCGGCGACCACCCCAAAGCCGGGUCGGAGGCAGAGCCCGCGGCGCCUCUCAGGAAUACUGGCCCCGCUACCAGAGCCCCAGGAGCCCCCAUGAGUGCCGGCGAAGGGAGUCCUGGAUAGCGAGGCCCUGGCUGGUCCAGGGCCGGGUACCCCAUCAUGCCACCCAUCCUCCAGCACGUGCAGCAGGCCUCCAAGAUGAUGAGCCGCAGGAAGAUCCUGCUGCUGGUGCUGGGGUGCAGCACCUUAAGCCUCCUCAUCCACCAGGGGGCACAGCUCAGCUGGUACCCCAAACUGUUUCCUCUGAGCUGCCCGCCUCUGCGGGACUCACCGCCCCGCCCCAAGCACAUGACGGUGGCCUUCCUGAAGACGCACAAGACCGCAGGCACGACUGUCCAGAACAUCCUAUUCCGAUUUGCCGAGCGCCACAACCUGACGGUGGCCCUGCCGCACCCGAGCUGCGAGCACCAGUUCUGCUACCCGCGCAACUUCUCGGCGCACUUCGUGCACCCGGCCACGCGGCCACCGCACGUGCUAGCCAGCCACCUGCGCUUCGACCGCGCCGAGCUCGAGCGCCUCAUGCCGCCCGGCACCGUCUACGUCACCAUCCUGCGCGAGCCGGCCGCCAUGUUCGAGUCGCUCUUCAGCUACUACAACCAGUACUGCCCUGCCUUCCGGCGCGUGCCCAACGCGUCGCUCGAGGCCUUCCUGCGCGCGCCCGAGACCUACUACCGCGCGGGCGAGCACUUCGCCAUGUUCGCGCACAACACGCUCGCCUACGACCUGGGCGGUGACAACGAGCGCAGCCCGCGCGAGGACGCCGCCUACCUGGCGGGCCUCAUCCGCCAGGUGGAGGAGGUCUUCUCGCUCGUCAUGAUCGCCGAGUACUUCGACGAGUCGCUGGUACUGCUGCGGCGCCUGCUGGCCUGGGACCUGGACGACGUGCUCUACGCCAAGCUCAACGCGCGCGCCGCCAGCUCGCGCCUCGCCGCCAUCCCCGCGGCGCUCUACUCGAGCUACCUGCUGCGCAAACAGAAGCGCCGGGGCGGCGCGCGGCCCCGGCCCGAGCCGGUCCUGGACAAUCCGCCGCCGCGGCCCAUCCGGGUGCUGCCCCGCGGCCUCCAGGGCCACUGAGCUCUCGAGUCUGGGUCCUUCCCUGCCCAUCGGGAGUCCUGCCUGGGACUGCCCCCAGCACCCGCCUCAUCGGGGCCUCUUCUGCUCAGUACUUGGGGCCUCGUCUCCCAAUCUGAGCCUGCCUCCAUAGGAUGGGUUGAACCCCGCCUUUGUGGAGGGUGCUGAUAGGCCCGAUCGAGCCCCGGGGCCACCCUCUUCUCCUCCCUAACUGGCUGGUAACUGACAAGAGGUCUGAGGCCUGCCCACAACUGCCCACCCUGCCUUUUUCUGUGGGUUGAGACCCACCUGUCUUUUUCAAGUGGGUGAGCCCAGGGGUCAGAGACCCCCACACCAUCUGUCUUCCAGGGUCCACCCUCCCCAAAGACCUAAGCUGCUCCCAGACUCCCAGAACCAAGAGUUCUUGGGUUGGGCUUUUUGUUUGGUUGGUUUUUCUUUUCUUUUUCUUUUUCUUUU